AUGUUAGCAAUUGGUGACGUCGUAUUAAGAUCAGUUAACUUUACUUGUUUAGUUAUUGCUUUAGCUUUAACCGGUUCAUUAGCUGCCACCACAAAUUUUCAAUCCAAUCCUCAAGUUAAUUUUGGGGUAUUUGCUGCAGCUUUCGGUUUAUUAACUUCAACCGUUUAUGGAAUCUUAGCUUAUUUCAUUGCAGCUUUUGCUUGGCCAUUCAUCUUAGCUACUUUUGAUGUCUUAAAUACCAUUUUCACUUUUGCUGCCGCCACCGCUAUUGCUGCCGGUAUUAGAGUUCAUUCUUGUUCUAAUGAAGAUUACCUUGAUGAUAACAACAUUGCUCAAGGUUCAUCAGGUAGAUGUAGAAAAGCUCAAGGUUCUGCUGCCUUCCUUUACUUUUCUUUCUUCAUCUUUUUAGCUUCAAGUGUUUUCUCAUUUAUUAGUGUCACCAGAGGUGGAUUAUUUGGUUCAAAAUCAUCCGCUAGAGUUGGUGUUCCAACUAUGUCACAAGCCUAA